ACAAAAAGUUACGCAGAAUGAAUUUAAAUGGAACUUUUUUUAAAAUUAAUUUAAACAGAUUUUUCUAAAAGAAUUUUAAAAAAGUAGAUUUAAAUAGGUUUUUUUCAAAAAAAAUCGGUUUAAAUUGAUUUUUCUAUGGAAUAAAAUAAUAAAUCAAAAAAAAUGGUACAUUUCUUCAGAAAGUGCCGCAAUGGAUAGUGAGACUUUUUUUGAAGACAUCAUUCUGUAAUGUGAAAUGGUACACUACAUAGUGUCCACUUUCUGCCUUAGCGUUGAAUAGUGCACAUUCAAUCAUCUUCUCCUUUCUGAGAAUUCGACAAUAACGAUGAAACUUUCAAUAAAUGUUUUAUUUAUUCUUUAAGGAAUUAAUUGGUCUCGUGCAUUACGUAUGUCCGAUUUUAUUCGUCUUGCUCGUCAAUAUCCUGAUGAAAUCGUCGGUAUUGAUUAUUAUGGUACAGAAGAUGAAUGUAAAAAUCAUUGGGAAGAAUUUCAAGUGUGGACAAAAGAACUAAAAAAGUUUGAUAUUCGACGUCAGGCAUCAAUGGGCGAUUAUAAAAAUAUUGAAUUGAUGUGUAAUGUUAUCAAAAAACUUGAUAUUGAACGUUUAUCAGAGGCUUAUGCAUUUCUCCAUUCAGCUAAUACCACAAUAGCGGAUGAUAUAUUUUUGAAACAUAAUAUCCAUCUUGUUGUCUGUCCCAUUUCCGAUGUUUAUAAUCGUGCUAAUGUAAGGACUAUAGAAGUAGAAAACAUCAAAAGUCCUGUUGAAGAGCAACCACGGAAAAGUGAAAUCAAAAAUAAGAGUAAUCAUAAGCAAAAAUUUUGUCGAUCAACAUCUUUUGUACAGUGUUCAACUUUAGAUGCACUAAUGACUGAAGCAAUCAAUUCAAAAUUAGCCAAAUCUGGAAAGAAGAGAUUGAACGAUUACCAAUUGUUAAACAAAUGUCAGUCAGGAAUAAUUAAUUAUUCAAUAACAUCGUUAUGUCCUAAUAAUUACGGACAAAAUUUAUCAGAAAUAUAUAAAGAUUUGUUUUUAAAUAAUAACUUUACAUGUGAACAUAUGCAAUAUUUAAAUGAAAAUGCUAUUAAAAGUUCGUUUGCAUCCCAGCAAAUUAAAACAGAUUUAAUUAAAUAUCUGAGAGAAAACUAUCGUGAUUGUUAUCAACAAGAUAAACUAUUGGCAAAUUUAAUUGAAACGACACAUAAAUGGAAAGUGGAAAUGGAAAAACUCAUUGAAAACAAUGCGAUAGCAGCAGCAAUAAUAAGGACAAGGUAG